CUUUUUUGCCAUUAUCAAACGUCAAAUUCGGUCAAAUCAGUCGUGCACAUACUUUUCGUGGCAAUCGUCUGACUUGAAAAUUAUUGUUUAAUUUGUUAAAUUUCCUACCACCUAAACUAGCAAAACAUUUGCUAAUAAAAAACAUUUAUAUAAUUUGACAAUUGCUUAUUCUUUGGUGAAAUACAUAAACAAAAUGGAAACGUCACCUGGUUUGUUGUGAUUAGUUGAAGUGUAUUUCCAUGGUUAAUCUCAUAACAAUUACGUUAUUGAAUCGGAUUUAUGGGUGAUACUUAAACGUUACUCAAUGUUAUGAAAAACCUGCUAUUGCUUCUUUGUUUUGUCUAAUGUACCGACACCAUGAAUUGGUUCGACACGUCAGGCCUUACGAGCCUUGCUAAGAAUGCGUUGAAAGAAGCCCAGAAAACUAUUGACAAGGCGCUCGACAUCCAGGAUGAAAGUGGAGAUGAACCAGAAGAAGAGGCGACGCCCCAGACCAGCGCCAAGUCGUCUCCGGGUCGCAGCAACACUCCACAAAAAGACAACUCAGAUUUCUUCUCGUCGUGGGGUUUGACAGUGAGUGCGGAGAGCGAGCGGAAUACUCCUAUCAAAGAUCAGCCCGUCGUUACAGAGAGCCCAUCCAAGUCUACGUCACAGAGCAUUUGGGGCUCAUUUGCGGGGUCUUUCUUCGAGCAACCUAAGGAUGAGGAAUCCACAAUCGUGAGGCCGCCAAAAGCUAAGUCUAUGAAUGUUAUUGCUGACAGUAAAUAUGGUAGCCAUGACGACUUAUUCUCCAAAAGCCAGCUUAUUAUGUCUGACAGUGAAGCAUUAGAUCACAGAAUAACCAAAUCUCUGAAAGAUGAUCUCCCAAAGGUUGAUGACAGACGUGAUUCAGCAAAGUCACAUAGAUUGUCACUUGUGUCAAGCAGGAAUAGUUCUGAUUCUGUAGAAGUCUUGUCCCAGAGUUUAAAGACUACACCUGACUCAGAGGCUUCUGUGCAUUCCAUAUCUCACAGCAGUAGCACUGGUCAAAAAUAUAACUCGGAGUCUGUAGAAAUAUUGCCGGAUAGUCUGGUGAGUCCUAGUUCAAUAGAGUGCCUUGGUUUUGAUAGUUAUUCUAGUGAAAAAAAUAGCAAUUCAUCUUCUCUUUGUGUUUCUCCUGGAGAUAACAGUGACAAAAAGUCUACUCCAAUUGGUGAUAAGACUGAAAAGGCAGAUACUGCUGACAGUGUCAGCCUAGUAGCUGAUGAUGAUGAAGACACCAUGUCCUAUAACUCAAUAUCUGAGUGCACAGCACCCACUGUGCUAGACACUGAUGAUAAGUCGGUAAGCCCCUUUGCCAAAGUAAUUAAAACAGAUUCAAAUAGAAAAGUUGUGGAAAAAGAGUUAAUGCAUUUAGAGCAAGCAUUGGUCCCACAAAGAAUGCAAGUAAGUGAGAACUCUUCCAAUGACGGCUCUUGGUCAGAUAGAACUUUAAAUGCUGAUGGUGAUAGUAUUAACUUGGACAUGACUACAGAAGACCAGAAGAAGGAACAGGAAGAUGUUCUCAUUGAGAAGUUGAGUGACUCAUCAUCAUUCUACAAUGUGAAUGUCUCUAGUGAAAUGCUGAGAUCAGAAAGUUCUGCAUUUGUUAAUGUUGAGAAGCAGCAGUGCAAUGAAUCUAGCAGUAGCUCUUCACAGAAAGAUGGUAGUGUUAAGGAAAGAACUUCUCCAAUAAGUUCUGAUAGUAAAAGUGACUUGGUCAAGAUAGGAUCAGACCGGACAUCAGGUCACACAUCUGGAGAUGAGCUAGAAACAGCUACAUCUUCAGAUAUUGAAAUAAUUCCUAGUCCCAAUGGUGAUGGUCAUGGCUUUAGGAAUAGUCCCGCCAAAUAUGCUUUUAAACAGUCAAAGUUUGAUGGCACAACUUCACCCAACUUGGUGGAUCUAGUAUUAGGUAAAUCUUUAGCUACUAAGAUAAGGGGCCAUAACCGAGAGCUGUCUGAGGCAUCUGUGCAGAGUAACACAAGUGAUGAGAGCCAGGGUUCAGAGAAUGAGAGACUGAUGAGGAGACUUUGUGAAAUGGCAGAGUUAUUAGAAGCAAGAGAAAACAGACUGUUGGAAAUGAGUAGGAAUAAUGCAGACUUAGCAGAAAAUAAUGCUGACUUGAAGAGCCAAGUGGAGUCAUUGAUAUCCAAGCAUGAGGGUGGUGAUAUUAAUACUAUCACUGAAGAUUACACACAGAGAAUGUCAGCUCUGGAGAAGAAGUUUCAACAAGCAAUCAGGGAAAAGGAUCAGCUGCGUAAACAACUGGAUCAGGUGAAGUCUGAAUCGUCUUCACGCAAGAACUCCUCUGAGUUGGAGAACACGCUGAAAGAGAAAGAUGAGGUGAUAGCCCAGUUGCAGGAGGAGGGCGAGAAACUGGCGCGCCAGCAGCUGCAGCAUUCUAACAUUAUCAAGAAGCUGAGAGCCAAGGAGAAGGACAAUGAACAGGUUAUCAAGGGAUUGAGAGAUAAAAUAGCAGAGCAAUCAGCGGAGUUAGACAGAAUGAAGCGGUCUAUAGCAGCUAAGGAGGAGCUGGAAGUCAGCCAGAUUGAAGCUGUUUACCGGCUCACCACUGCCAACAAGAAACUUGAGACUGAACUUAUGGAGACGCGGAGUCAGCUAGACGACACGCAGCAGAAGCUGGAAGGCAGCCGCGCGUCGCUGGAGGGCGCGCGGCGCGAGCUGGCCGAGCUGCAGCGGGGCAGCGCCGACCUGGCGCGCCGCGCCGCCGCCGCGCAACACGCGCACGAAACUGCGCAGCGCGCCGACCACGACCUGCGCGCGCUGCGGGCUGAGCUCGCCCAGCUUAGGGAGGACAGGAGGAAUGAGGAGAAGAAGUGGGUAGCGCGGGAGGAGGCUUUACGUCGUGAGCUACAGGAGGCUCGGGAAGCUUGUACAGCUUUGGAGAGCAGCUGCAGCGGGGGCGGGGGGGAGGGGGGAGCCGGCGCCGUACUGAGCCAGCUGGCGCAGCUGCAGGCCGCCGCGCUCGACCGGGAACGGGCACAUGCACAUGCACUGCGCCAGCGCGCUCUUCAACUCGAGGAGGCGGAGCGCGCGCUGUCCCUGGCGGCGGAGCGCGAGCAGGCGUCCCGCUUGCACAGCGCCGCCCUGCUGGAGCGCCUCGCGCACCUCGACCUGCACGCACAGCAACACGCGCGACAGCUGCACGACGCCGCCGACAGGAACCUCAUGCUGGAACAGCAGAUACACCAGCUGCAGGAACUCAUCGACAAGAAAAACGAGGAGCUGGAGACAGAACGGUCCUCCCACAAGCAGCAGAUGGAGCAGCUCCAGCAGCGCCUGCAGCAGCUGGAGCAGCAGCUGCAGGAGCAGGCCGACGCGCUGCGGGCUGAGCGACACCGCCCCGACACGCUGCAGGAGCAGUCAAGUCGUGGUGGCGAGGUGUCCCCCGCGCAGUCCAUUACCUCGGACUCUCUGUCGACUUCUUUCUGGCAUUCUGAGGAGUCGGGCAUGGGUCUGGGCGUGGGGUCACGCGGCGUGAGCGCGAGCGCGCUGUGCGUGGAGGACGCGCUGAGCGCGCUGCGACGGCGCGACGGCGAGGUCCGCGCGCUGGUCGCGCACCGCGACUCGCUGCGCGGGCAGCGCGACCAGCUCGCCGCCGAGCUCGCGCGCUGCCAGGCCGCGCUCGACGACAUGCAGUCGGUGCAGGAACAGUACGACGCGUUGCUGCAGAUGUACGGCGAGAAGGAGGAACAGAUGGCCGAGCUGCGCCUGGACCUGCAGGACGUCACCCAGCUCUACAAGGCACAGCUCGACGAGCUCAUCGCGCUCAAACAGCGCCGAUAGCACGCGCAGCCCUCCGCCCUCUCAGAGGCCCGCCCACCCUCCGCGCCCUCUUGCUGGGAGCUGCCGCACGUCUGUCGCAGGCACAGGCCUUCGUCUGUCUAAGCACUAUUACUCCCAAAUUAAUAACCUUCUUGAAUUGAAAAGAUUUUAAGAUCCAGACAUUUUGAUCAAAAUCUUUUACUAAUUUAGGCCAUUAAUACAAUAUCCCGCCAAUUAAUCUUCACACGAUAGAUUCAGUCUUUACUGUCCUUACUCAGAGGAUAUUAAUUGAGGUAAUAGCUUUAUUCGAGUUUUGUUCCCAUCACAGCAUAUUAUACAUUUAAAAUACAAGUUUCAAAUUAUGCAAGUAAAAGUAUUGUAAGGUUUACAGAUAAAAGUUGAAAUCUAGAAGUGCCUAUUGCGAGUGUGCUUUACGUUGCCACGAUCGACAUGUUUUUGACGUUUGACGCUCCGAUUGGCCUGUGCCCAGUUAGCCGACCCAUCAGGAAACUAAACACGGUCACGUGUCGGUCGCAUUAACAUAAAGCCCACUCGCAGUAGCUACUUGGCCCUUAAAUAAAUAGCCUGUUAAAUUAAUAUAUCGAGUUAAUAAUACGAUGGCAUAUAAAUUGAAGUAUGAGUAUACCACUACCUAAGCAUUUUGUAGCUUGAAGAUAGCAUUUCAUGUAGAUAGACCUACAUUGGAAAAGUUACACAAACAUAAUGCUAGUUUUCAAUAUCCAUCUCAUAUUUAUGUAUUUCUGCAAUGGAUAGAUAUAUUAAUUAAUAUUAAGACAAUUUACAUCAUCAUCAUCAUCUCAUUACCGUACAGUAGUAUAUUGACAUUUUUAAUUGCGGGCUAUGGGGCGUGUUCGUGCAAAAUGCGUGUGUGUACGCAGUCGUACGGGCACACCGUGUGUCGUGUGGGUAAAGUAUUUAAUCAAUAAACUUAGUCAUAAAGCUAAAGUAUAAAGCGGCAACUUAUCUAAAUACUUAGUGAUAAAUAAACUAUAGAUGGCGCUACUAUUGGGGUUACUAUUUACUAAAGUGUGUCUAGUAUUUAAUUAAUCGCCUUCGUGAUUUCUUCUAUAAAUAUCUCGCUUCCGUCUUGAUAUAAUAUUGUAUUUGCCAAACGUUGAACGUUCCUUUUGUAUUUCAAUCUUGUCAUAUUAUUAUUAUCAUCAUAUUUGUCUUAAAAUGUUGUAUAUGAAAUAAAUUUAAAAGUAUAUUAUUGAGAGUGUGUAAAUGUUAUUAUUGCACGUAGAUACACGUUAUUUUAUUAUUUGUACAGUUUAAUAUUAUUAUAUGAUAUAUAGUUAUUGUUUUGUAUAUAAAAUUUAUGUGUUGCUGCGUGGCGGAUGGGUAAUAUCAUAAUUUUAAAAUGAUCCUUAUGAUCCCAAUGUUAGAUCAUGAAAAGGGCCUAGUGAGGUCUUCAAUGUUAAAAAUGACGUUUUCCAUGGAUCGGUGCCGAUUGUUAUUUAAGCUGAUUGUCUGACCAGCACUUGGGACCAUGGGGAACGACAAUUAUGAUAUAUUUCAGGGAGACGAAGAAAAAGUGUCGAUCUGUGUCGAUGUGUGUUGAAUUAAACACGCAAUGUAGUUUCAAAUUGUAUGUGUCGGAUGCAAAGGGGAAGACAAGCAAAUAUUGUAAAAAAAGAGGUGUUACUGGAUUAUUCACAGUUGGCAAUACUCAACAACUACCCGGAACUUACUCAAAAUGGCUGUGUCACCUUUUAAACGUAUAUCUAAUACUCGGAAAUUAUUGCUUUGUUAUAAAUUCUCACAGUUUUAUUGUUGUCUGUCUUCCUUAAGCUGGCUAGAGUAAUUGGGUGAUUCCGAACGAUGUGCUAAUAGAUCGCAGACUGGGUCUACUAUUCUGUUGAUAACCUUCCUUGGCUAUGAAGAGCAGGGCGUGUCUAUAUAGAUUACUGUGAAAUAAGUGAAGGACAGCAGACAGUUGGUACUAUUUUUUUUUGUUAGUUCUGUUGUUGUAUCUGGUUGAAUUGCUAUAUUAUUUUUAUUUACUUGUAUAAUUUUAAGUUUUCUCUUAGUCAUCGACACCUCAGCGGCAACUGAGUACUUAAAAUGUACUUGUUUUCACAUGUCACCUUUUUUAUUUAUUAAUGUUCUUCCCAAAAAUUACGACAAUGUCUGCUGUACUACACUCAAAAUAUAGUUUAGUCAAUGUAUUUUAUUUGCGCAUCACUCAUCUUAUGAUACGAGUUCAAAUUAUUACAAUAUUUAUAAGUUUCUUCGAAAUUCAUGUUCACGUGGUCAUUGUUAUCUAUUAUUGUGUAAAUAAAUUAAUUGCCAAUUG